GCACCAGCGCAGAUCCAACAGCUCCUGCACGCGCAGAACUCGCGUCCACCCAUCAUUCCAGUCCCAUCGCAGCCAGUUCCCAAACUGGGUUCAAAUCAACCGGCCCAGCCUCAGCAAGUGUCGCAGACGCAGGUCUCGCAGUACAGACCGCAAGUGACAUUCGCGUCUGGUGUCCAGCAGCCGGACUACAGAGGUAUCCCAGCGUCUAGGGGCCAGGGGCAUCCUGCGCAGGCGCCGCAGUACCGCCCUCUGCCUCAGCCCAAUUACAACGCAGCGCCACAGCCGCAGUAUCAGUCGAAGCUGCCGCCUCACAUCCAACAGUUGCUCCAAUUCCAGAGCAGUUUGGGUAACUCUAUCCCCGGAAGAUCGUAA